AUGUCCCUUGAGGAUGAGCAGUACGACCUGGAGGACCUCAAAGCCUAUACGGAUUCUUUUUCCUACCCUAUAGACGAGGCGAAAGUCGAGCAAUGUCGGCAGCGGUGCCAGGACCACGAUCAUCCAUUCAUCGGACCCGUCCUUCAGUAUCAGAACUUCGACCGCAACCUCGGGCGCUACCUUAUCCUCUGUCACGGCGAACAUCCUGGCGAUCCUCUCCACCCUGAUCCUCACUUCCUAUACGUAUCGAAUGCCCUCGAUCCUGACGACCGCCGCAAGAUCGUCGCGUAUCAAGCAGAGCACCAUAUCAAGAUACCCAAGAAGAAUAAGAAAACAGUCAAUGGCCGGCGUCUCACCCAGCCGAAACCCAAACCUCCCCCGCCGCCCAAGAAAUCUGGUAACUUGAAGGCCCCCCGCGCCGUGAAGAAGAAACACAAGCCUACGCCCGCUCCUCAGGUCCACGCAACGCCUGCGCCCUUCCCCAUCCCUGAUGGUAUCCCAGUCUCUUCGGCGUCUCCCAUAGAUCUAACUCGCGACUCACGGAGCCCGAGCGUCGAGGUGGUCACCCCUCCUGUGAAGCACCUAUCGCUCCUAGUGCAUUUCUUCUUCGCUGAUUCCGCUCUUCCCAUCACUCUCAAGCUAUACGCUCAAAAGAACUCGACUCACUUCUCUAUGUCGUCCUUCGUCACUCAGUGGCUAGACGCAGAAGUGAAGCAAAGCGACGUCAUCCGCAUACUUUCCUUCGCCGACUCCGCCACCGCGAUCGAGAGCUGGACGCCCUUCACGCUGUCGACGUUGUCUCUCCCGCGUUCCGUCCCGGUGAUCGUCGCCGCACGUCCUAAGGUCAAAACCUUCCACGCGUCCUUGUCGGACUUGUAUCAACAUGCGUUCCAUGAUGCCGACAAGCUCGCCAACGCGCUCAAGAAGAAGAAUGCCCAGCUCGCUUAG